GCUAGAAGGGCGAGGCAGACCGGUGAAGCCGCGUAGGAGGUUUAGACGCCUCGGCUGGCAGGAUUUGCGACUUCAGAGUAGCUCAGGGCUGCGGCCAGUAGGUCGGCAAUGCCUGAGGCUAGGGAAUCCCCGGGAGAGCCCUGAGCGCCACCUGCACCGCCAAGGAAGGACGACCAGAAGUUAGCCCCAGGGGUUCAGAGAAGCUCCCUUCUCUCCAACUAUGGCUGGUGACUCUAGGAAUGCUAUGAACAAAGACAUGGAGAUAGGAGUCACUUCCCAGGACCACAAGAAGAUUCCCAAGCAGGCACGGGAUUACAUCCCUAUUGCCACAGACCGCACACGCCUGCUGGCAGAAGGCAAGAAGCCACGUCAGCGCUACAUGGAGAAGAGCGGCAAAUGCAAUGUGCACCAUGGCAAUGUUCAGGAAACCUAUCGCUACCUAAGUGACCUCUUCACCACUCUGGUGGACCUCAAAUGGCGCUUCAACCUCCUGGUCUUCACCAUGGUCUACACUGUCACAUGGCUGUUCUUUGGCUUCAUUUGGUGGCUCAUCGCUUACGUCCGAGGUGAUCUGGACCAUGUGGGUGACCAAGAGUGGAUUCCUUGUGUUGAAAACCUCAGCGGCUUUGUGUCUGCUUUCCUGUUCUCCAUCGAGACAGAAACAACCAUUGGGUAUGGCUUCAGAGUCAUCACGGAGAAGUGCCCGGAGGGGAUCAUACUCCUUCUGGUGCAGGCCAUUCUGGGCUCUAUUGUCAAUGCCUUCAUGGUGGGUUGCAUGUUUGUGAAGAUCAGCCAGCCAAAGAAGAGAGCGGAGACCCUCAUGUUUUCCAACAAUGCCGUCAUCUCCAUGCGGGAUGAGAAGCUGUGCCUCAUGUUCCGGGUGGGGGACCUCCGAAACUCCCACAUCGUGGAGGCCUCCAUCCGUGCCAAGCUUAUCAAAUCCCGGCAGACCAAAGAAGGGGAAUUCAUCCCCUUGAACCAGACCGACAUUAAUGUGGGCUUUGACACUGGUGACGACCGUCUCUUCCUGGUGUCCCCGCUCAUCAUCUCCCACGAGAUCAAUGAGAAGAGCCCUUUCUGGGAGAUGUCACGUGCUCAGCUGGAACAGGAAGAAUUUGAAGUUGUGGUCAUCCUAGAAGGAAUGGUAGAAGCAACAGGCAUGACUUGCCAAGCACGAAGCUCUUACAUGGAUACAGAGGUGCUCUGGGGUCACCGAUUCACACCCGUCCUCACCUUGGAAAAAGGCUUUUAUGAAGUGGACUAUAACACCUUCCACGAUACCUAUGAGACCAACACGCCCAGCUGCUGUGCCAAGGAGCUGGCAGAAAUGAAGCGGAAUGGUCGGCUCCUCCAGUACCUUCCCAGCCCUCCCUUGCUUGGAGGGUGUGCUGAGGCUGCGAGAGAUGCUGAGGCUAAGCAGGAUGAAGAGGAUGAACCCAACAGACUGAGUGUAUCCCAGGCAACCAGGGGCUCAAUGUGAAGUCUGUGCUCUACCCAGAGCCUCUUCUUUCCAGACACCAAGGAGCCUGGGAGGCCAGAGAGGCCAAUUAGUUGAGCAACCUUUGUGGGGCCCCAGGAGCAUGGGAGCUCUCCGGAGAGGAACAGUGUAUUGAACCCUCACAUCUCCUCUUCAGGGCCUCAGAGCAAGUGGACUUGCCUAGCCCUCUUGGGCAAUGCUUUCUAGGCCUCAGUGAGUGAGAGCAUUAGCUAAGGCUGUAGCCAGGGUGGGCUUCCUAGAGAGAGUUCUAGGUUGCUAUCUCCUCUCUCUCUCUCUCUCUCUCUCUCUCUCUCUCUCUCUCUCUCUCUCUCUCUCUCUCUCUCUCUCUCUCUCUCUCUCCCUCUUUUGCUCUCUUACCUAUUCACUUCUCUCCCCAAUUUUGUCUCCUCUAGGGACUGGCAGUAUCACCCAUGAUUCUUACCAUUGAGGCUUGUGGAUUGAGGAUGGAUGCUCAGGCCCACAUCCAGGGAUUAAUCCACAGAGACUUCACAAGCUGAAGUUACCCAAGUCAGGGAACAAUGCCUUUUAGUAUGAGGCCAAAACCACUCACUAAUAACUGUUUUCAAGGCCCUUUGUUCACCUCUGUGACUCCCUAGUGCGUGUUUUUCUCUUCUAUGUGUGGACACUACGGCUUACAGGGUAAUUGAGUUUAUUACAGUGACCCUGGGACACUGAGUACCUAGGAGCACACACGACGGUGUCCUCACAACUGCCCGGUUCUCCUAGUCAUACUGUGCCUUGCACCUCAAAGGAGGAACCUAGAAGUUGUGCUCUUUGUAGGAUUUUUUUGGUCUAAGAACUUCAAAGAACCAGGAAUGUGGUCCUGAACAUGUGAAUUUCAGAGAGCCAGAUGAGAACUAAUUGGUACUAACGCAGGGAUGUCAGCGAGGAAAGGGAAGCAGGGGUCAUUUUAAUAUAAGCAUUUGGAGCCUGAUGUCCUGAUGCAUGCCUGUAAUCUUAGCACUUGGCAGGCUGAGGCAGAAUUGUGGACAUGAGGCCAGUCUGGACUAGUAGCCUAGUCUCAAAAAAGCAAGAGACAAACUAACAAAUGAGAAAACAUCUGCCUCAGUUGCUGCAUGGGGCUUAGGAGAAAAGAGGAAUAUGAAACAGAAGUGACAGGUGGCCAAGGCUGGACCAAAGUCUUAGGGAGGUACUGAGAUGCCCCUGGACCUCCCUCCUCAGAACAGCCCCAGCAAGGUGCUGGGUAUGCCUGAGAAAGGGGGUGAGAGAGUCGGUAGGAUAACUAAGAAAGAAAAGAGCCCAAGAAUAGAGAGGAGCUUUGAGGUCCACAGCCCCGCAGACUUCUCUCUUCCAGUCUGAGGACUGAUGGUCAGGGCGAGGAGCCUGAAGUUGAAAAAGACAAGCUGGGCCUCGUCUUGGAAAGACAUUGACAUGCUCCUCCACAUCUCUAGCCCAGUGCUCAUAGUACUCUACCAGCCUUUGAAAGCAGAAGCACUUCCCUGCUGUGCCCCAGAGCCCUUUUCCUGGGAUCUAUAGGGAGAAGCUAAGGUAGCCAAGGGAAUGGAUUUCUGAACCUCAGGCCUCCCCCCCACCCAGAUUGGGUUUCCAGGGUGCUAGGCUGGUGAGGAGAAAGUGGCCUGGGGUGAAUAGUUACACUUGUAAGCUUCCCACAUAUAGAAGAUAGGAUCCUUUACUUGGCACCUGAUCUAAACCUUGAGAGAUGGUCUAAGCAGUGAGGUGUGUGUGUGUGUGUGUGUGUGUGUGUGUGUGUG